GCUGCCCAUGAUAUGAAUUUAUCAGAGACUAUGCAGCUUGGAGGUGGUCUCAUCUCCAUCAAGGACUUCUCAAAGGGCUGCUGCAACAUGCUUAUUGCAGUGACGAAAUUGCCUAACAUGUCCAUGGAGAGCAUACUGUCGAUAUUUUCACAGCCUUUGGGCAGUCCAGCCUCAGAAGGAAAUUCGAGUUGCAGAAAUCUGAUAGGUAGCCCUGAACUGGUGGCACGAUUGACUACAGAAGCAAAUCUAGCAGCGUUUUGGGGUGUUGUAGCUAUGGUGACUGUCACAUCUCUUUGUGCUUGUAAUCUAGCUAUAUCAAUUAUGGGGAUAAUAUGGCCUGGAGCCAUCAAGGGAAUGAACACAAAGUGGGGUUCGUAGGUUUGUGAAGCCAUUGCAGUGGGACUUCUUGGGCAGACUUUACAUGAAAGUAGAAUGGAGAUCACUCUUUUUUUUCUUUUCUUUUUUUUUUUCUUUUUUUAACAAGAAAAAUAUAAAUUAAAAAUCAAU